CAACAACCUCCUUUCUCCUUCGCGUCAACUUCUCACUCUCCUUAAUUACCUUUCCUUCAAUUGGUCGCAAUCAUGCCACCGAAAGAAUCGUCUUCAGCUUCUGUUGUCACACCACAGUCCUUCGCUCGGAAAGCAACUAUCUUCGCGGUCGUCUUCGCGCUCUUGACCGUUCUGUACAGGUUCUUGGACUCACACCUCGACUGGUUCUACAUCCUUAAUCCUACGGACCUUCAUGAUCUCUCGUUGCGUGCCAUUGGGGCUCAUGGGAACGACACCACCGCUGUCGUGGCCUACAUUACCAAAGAGUUAAGCGACAAGUUCCCUGGAGGGUAUAUCAAUCUUGAUCAGGAGUGGAUCUUCAAUAAUGCUGGAGGUGCCAUGGGAGGGAUGUACAUUAUCCAUGCCAGCAUCACAGAAUACCUUAUUAUCUUCGGCACCGCAGUGGGCACCGAAGGCCACACAGGCCGUCAUACCGCCGACGACUACUUCCACAUCCUGAAAGGCACUCAGCUCGCCUAUACUCCGGGAUCCUAUGAGCCAGAAGUCUACCCGCAAGGUAGUGUGCACCAUCUUCAUCGUGGUACCGUGAAGCAGUACAAGAUGGACAGUGCUUGCUUUGCGCUUGAGUAUGCGCGGGGAUGGAUUCCCCCCAUGUUGGGCUUUGGGUUUGCGGACGGUCUGACGAGUACUUUGGAUAUUCCGACGCUGUGGAGAACGACUUGGGUCACUGGAAGGGAGAUGGUUUUGAAUUUGGCGAGGGGCAAGUUGUAAACUAUAAGCAAGUAAUUCCAAGUUUAAGGAGAAAUGCGAAUCGGAGAUGCAGGGAUUUGGGGGGAUGGAGACUGUAUGAGGAGAUAAUCGUAAUGUAAGGACUUGUCACGAUGAAGUCUAGCGAGGUGCUCGAACGAACUUCUACACAUUAAUAUACAGUGACCUGAAUCUGGUCUUUAGGUAAUGCAACUCCAGAGCCAUCCGCCAAUGAUAAU